AAAAUUCGGAGUAUCUUCAUGUGAUAAGGCAUUUAUGAUUCAUGACGCCGAAAGGGUCAUUAUUGAGACUCGUGAUUUUUCUUGGAUAUUUACGUUGCGCAAUUAAAUAAUUGAAAAUAAGCAGAGAUGAAAAAGCCUCCUUUACAGACUCUUUAAUGUACGAAAGCCAGGUGAUACGAAAACGAAGCUAGUUAAAUUUGGCAACGAAAGUUUUUAGUGCAGCUUAAUAUGAUUACGUUACGAGGAAAGCUCAAAAAGGAUGAUGGCAUAACAAAUACAAAGAUCAGUAGGCGAGUCUCAAUACGAGAUAAAUUAUUGAUUAAAGAGGUGCAAGAAAUGCAACAGACAUUGCCAGUAACUUGUCAAGUUGAAUUCAAAGAUCCACAUCGUCUUCAUGAAUUUAGUCUGUUUAUUUUACCUGAUGAGGGAUAUUGGGUUGGUGGUCAUUUCCAUUUUCAAAUUUACAUAAGUGAAGAAUACAACAUGGCGCCGCCAAUAGUAAAAUGCUUAACGAAAUUAUGGCAUCCUAACAUAAGUGAGGAUGGUGAUGUAUGUCUAUCUAUUUUAAGACAAAGUAGUAUUGAUGGAAUGGGAUGGGCGCCUACACGCAAACUGAAAGAUGUUGUAUGGGGUUUAAAUUCUCUUUUUACUGAUCUCCUAAACUUUGACGAUCCUUUGAAUAGAGAUGCAGCAGAUUUGUUUAUUAAGGAUAAAGAGUCCUUCCGAAGUAAAGUUAAAGACUAUGUAAUGCAAUAUGCAAAAAGAUGAUUUACACUGUAACAUUUAAGUAACAAAUAAUUAUUUACAUUUUUUAAAUUGAUUUUGUGCCUCUUUUUAGUAUAUGAGUACAGAAUUUGCUCAAAUGUGCUUUAGGUUGAUUAUGGUUUAACGCAAUUUAAUUUUGCUAGUCUUUUUGUCUGAAAGAGAUUCGCUAUCGCUUUCAGUUUCAUAUCACUGAAUUCUUGGAUUGUUGGAUGAAAUUGUUUUAAUAUAUUAAUUAUAUACUAUCAUGUAUGAAGAAAAUGUAAACGUAAUGAAAAUUAAAAGCGCAUCACGUGUAUAAUGUUUUUUUCUCUUUAUGAGACAUUGUCAACGAGCAAUUGUAAAUAAAGUGGGUGUU